AUGAUGAUGGAAGGCCGGAAACGAUUGUUGGGACAGGUGUCGAUCUUAUUGCCAUUGAAAGCGAUACCUAAAUCAUUUCACCCGGGGCACUUCAGCGAAUAUUGCGUGCAAAGUUAUGGUAGUGAUGGUGAUGAUGGUGGAUGGUUGGUUGGUUGGUUGGUUGAUUGGUUGAUUGGUUGGUUGGUUGGUGUUGAUGAGGAUUGA